AUGGCGGACGGGACGUGCGGGCCGGACUCUGCCCUGCCCGCCAAACGACCUAGAUUGGACUUCCCCGAUGAAACUUCCUCCCACCAAUAUGACGGCAACUUCCAUUGCUUCGCAGGAACCUCAGAACUCCUUGCAGGAGGCUGCAACAAUGCCACAGAAUUCACCUUAACCUCAGACUCGGGCUUCAAUGAGCUCACUCCUCCACAGAGCUUGGAAGACGACAUCACCACCCCAGGAGCAAACUCCACACAAGGUGAUGGUGCUUGCCAGCUGGAGAACCACUUGAGUAACGACACCAAUGACAGUUUGGUAGUGCAUGACAACUCCCUCAGCUGGCCGCCAGAAAUCACCAAUGGCACUGAGGAGGAUGAGGAUGAAGAUGAGGAUGAAGAGGACAGGCAGUCAGUGGCCUCCACCACUUCCAACCUUAGUGGACUGUCGGACUUUUCAAACUUCUCGGGCAAGGAGUGGAAGCCAUGUGCUGGCCCCAUGUCAUGGGUGCAGGCACAGAUGCUCCGUGGUGUCAACCCUCGCACCAUCCUUACCCGUGUCUUGGGGGCCACGGCCAGGAUUCCUGAUGGUGUCAAUGAUGUUACGCUGUGGCGCCUCAUUGUCAAUAUGCUGUCAGAGCCACCGCGGAGGGAGAAGCUGCGUCACAUUAACACCAUUGAGGAUGUUGUGAGACUGAUUAAGUCCUGUCGGAAGAUCAUCGUAUUGACUGGUGCUGGGGUGUCUGUCUCGUGUGGCAUACCUGACUUCAGGAGCCGUGAUGGGAUAUAUGCCCGACUUGCAGUGGACUUCCCUGACCUGCCAGACCCCCAGGCCAUGUUUGACAUCCAUUAUUUCCGCCGAGAUCCACGUCCCUUCUUCAAGUUUGCACGGGAAAUAUAUCCCGGGCAGUUCACUCCUUCUCUGUGUCAUAGAUUUAUUCGGCUAAUUGAGCAACACAACAAAUUAUUAAGAAACUAUACUCAGAAUAUUGACACUUUAGAGCAGGUGGCUGGAAUAACCAAUGUCAUUCAGUGCCAUGGGUCCUUUGCCACUGCCACCUGCCAGCGAUGUGGCCACAGGGUGGAUGCUGAGGCCAUAAAGGAUGACAUAUUUUCCCAGCGAAUCCCUAGAUGUUCUCAGUGUGAAGGAAGUGAGGGUGAGGAGGAGGAGGAGAGGGAAACACAGAGUAACUCCAGUAACUCCCAAGAAGUGGCUCCCAUCCCCCAGCAAGACCCUCCUCAUAGUAACAUACACCUAAUGCCUCACAGACCACCAGAUUCUCCAAUAUUCACGCCUCAGCCUAUCAUGAAGCCGGACAUCGUAUUCUUUGGUGAGGGACUGCCUGACGAGUUUCACGACAAGAUGGCCGAAGACAAGGAUGAGUGUGACCUCCUCAUUGUGGUGGGGUCGUCUCUCAAGGUCCGCCCUGUGGCCUUGAUACCUAGUUCACUUCCCCCACAUGUGCCUCAAAUACUGAUUAACCGUGAGCCCCUCCGUCACCUCACCUUUGAUGUGGAGCUACUAGGAGACUGUGAUGUUAUUAUAAAUGAGUUAUGUCACAGGUUAGACAAUGGUUGGGAAGAACUUUGCUCUCAAGAACCAAUGACUGAACUCCGUGAGCUGCCACCAAGACCACUUGUAGCCACCAAUGGUGUGUACAGCAGCACAUGCAGCCUGGAUGGUGAGGAGAGAGGUGCUGAGAGCAAUGCCAUUCCUGGACCCUCCCUACUGGCACCUCAAAAUGCCCCUCACCGGGAUGAGAGUGACAUUGAGGCACUGAGGGCUUGCUGGGCUCCCAAGAUUAAAGAGACAGUGGCUUCAAGGUUGCCAGAAAAUAUGUUCCUGUAUACUGGUGGUCACAAAUACAUUUUCCCUGGAGCUGAGGUAUAUUAUGAUCCAGAUGAUGAAUUUGAGGAAACCAAGUCCGUGAGUUCUGGCACAGAUAUUGAAAAUAUAGAAGUGAGGGAAGAUAGCCAAGAAUCUUUCCACAGCACCCACACAAAUGCCUCCCCAGACCAUCCAAGACUGGAAGGAGAUUUGGAAACUCCACACCUCUCCCCUGAAGAUGUGGACAGCCUGUUAUCAGCUGCAGACAAUGGCCAGAGCCACGAGCCUGUCGAAGAUUGGACUAGUCUUAAUGCGAGCUUAGACACGUCACUUGACUGUGACCACACUCUGACAGAGUAUGAGAGAGACAGUGCCCAGCACAGUGAAGACAGUGUUACCCAAGCCAAUGAGCCACCCAGUAAUAGAUGUUCUUCUCCAAGUGAUCUAUGACCUUCCUUCAAAAAAAGAGAUGAGGGUGUAAAGUGUUACUGAAUGACGUGUCUUCUUGUGUACAUUUUCACAGCUGAUAAUUUGGAUGUUCAGACUCACAGAGGAGGUUUGUGGAAUGGAAACUACCCUCAGAAGAGUGCUUCUGUGAUUGCUGUAAAUUUCCUUUUUAACUGAGAAAAAAGCAGUUCUUUUUUACUCAUUAUAGCAUCAUCAGUAGCAGCUUUAAAUGAAAGUUGUGUGUGAUUAACUCAUUAUUUAAUACCGUCCUUAUGUUUGUGUGUCCUCAUGUAAGGUAAUAUUGAAAGUAUAGCUAAAUGUAUAAAGCUAGGCAUCAAAUAAUUAUCUUUAUAAGAUAAAAGCACAAUGUGCAAUUGCUACUUUGAAAAAAAGGAUAUACCUAUCUGCUUUGAACGUGUGGAUGUAGCUCCUGAUCUUCUCGCUGGAAAGUCUCAGUUGUACCGCAAGUUAUGGUGAUGUUUUUAUCAAGCAAAACUGUGUUAGAGAAGAUGAAUAGUAUAAAUUACACACACACACACACACACACACACACACACACACACACACACACACACACACACA